CGUGGACUGAAGAAGGUCUAAGUGGGUCAGUUCUUCGGAAAGUUUGGACCACUGAAGGAGCAAGAUGUUCUUUGUUCACGCUCUGCUUCUGUGCAGUUUGUCUGCAGCAGACUUCAGUGGGAUUUCACAGCCUGUUUCUGUCCGAUCUGUGGGGCUCGGAGACUCUGUCACCAUCCAGUGUUACGUUGAGGGAAACCUGGAUAGAGUGUGGUACAGACUGACAUCAGCCCAGGUGCUGCAGUUCGUGGCCUCUUUCACUUCCAGAUUUUCUCAUGUGGAAAUGUCUGACGACAUCAAGGGUCGAUAUUCAGUUGAAGCUGUUGGGACUAAGCAUCAUCUGAAGAUAUCACCAACCACCUGGACAGACGUGGGAACUUACUACUGUGGCGUGAUACAGUUAGAUCGUGUCCAUUUUGGAGGAGGAACAUCUCUGAUGCUGAAAGGUGCAAACAUGUCCAGUCACUCUGUGGUGCAGCGUCCUCCGUCUCUGUUGGUGAAGCCGGGAGACUCUGUGACUCUUGAGUGUUCAGUUCUUCACACGGACCUCUGUUCACAAGAACACACCAGCGUCAUGUGGCUGAAAACUCCAAAGAAACCUCCUGCAGAGAUUGUUCACAGGUCUGGGAGAGAUGAGAGUCACUGCACAAAUGAGGCAUGUGAGUACGAGUUCCUCCUGAAGAACCUGAGCUCUGAAGAUGCUGGAACCUUCUACUGUGUAGCUGCUGCAUGUGGACAAGUUCUGCUGGGCGACGGGACUGUGCUGAACAUCACCAGCCGUAAUAUAAAACACCCUUUAUAA